AUGACUUUAGGCCGUCUGGCUCUUCCGCUUCUUUUGCAAAAUCUUUUUUCUCUCUCUCUCUCUCUCUUUUCCUGCAAAAUCCCCCCCCCCCCCCCAAAAGCGGCUGGUCAAGAAAAAGGAGGACGCACGCCCGAUUGCAUACAUAAAGGCGAGGACGACAGCUGUACGCAGAGUGACAUUAAGCGUUGUACACCGUGA